AUGGAUCCCAAUGACUACGUGUUCCGAAAGCGAACAAAUGAGAUACUCAUUAAGCUACCGGGAAGCAUAAACGGCAACGGAUUCGUUCUCGACACGUUACACGAUUGUGAAGUCUACCUGCUGGACCACACCUCGCAAGUGCAGAUUGAUGACUGCAUCAACUGCAAAAUUUUUAUCGGCCCAAUCGAUGGCUCCGUCUUCCUCCGUGACUGCCGCGAUUGCACUCUUUGCGUGGCUGCACGGCAGCUGCGUACCCGGGACUGCAAGGACCUAGAUAUCGCUCUGUACUGCGCCACCCAGCCCAGUAUCGAGACAAGCACCGGUAUCGUGUUCAGUUGCUGGCGGGGCGCUUACCCGGGCCUUACGAGGCACUUCGGCUGCGCCCGACUGGACCCCGCAAAGAACACUUGGAGACAGGUGUACGAUUUUAAUCGUACGGAAGAUCUAGGCGCGCCGCAUUUCCAGUUGGACGAGAGUGUACGGCCUUGGUGGACGGUGCCGCCGACGGGGGAAGGUAGUGGUGCCGGCGGCGCCGGCGCCGGCGCCGGCGGCGGGCCUUGGGAGGGGCUGGGGGCUGCCGAGCCUGACUGCCCUGUGCCCCGGCCUGACGGGUCGUUGUACGAUGGCGGUUACCUUCCCGUGGUGCAGUCGCCUCCGAAACCACCAGCAGGCUCAGUGAAGCUGCCGGAGAGUCUGCCCCCCAGUCCGGGGCGGGCUGCUGCGUACGACGAGGAGGUGGAGUUGGAGGACGAGGACGAGGAGGAGGAGGAGGAGGAGGGAGUGGAGGAUAACCGUCAGGAGGCUGCGAACGCGGCGAGUAGCGGCGGCGGCGCCGUCCUCCUUCCGGCCAACAUCAGCGGCAGCAGCAGCAUCGGUUUCGGAGGGCAGUUAUCUAGUUCAGGCGAGCCGCAGCUGGCGCUGCCGCCGCAUGCGCACGGUCUGAUUGCCGUACACGCGGGCGCAGGACCAGCGGCAACGGCUGGCGACGUGGAUGCGCGUGUUGCUUGGCGGGCGGCCAACUCCCGGAGGCUGUCGGAUCAGGCGGCUGCGGAGAGCCGGGCUCGCGGUGCCCUGAGAGACGCGGCGAGGAGUAAACUGGAAUCCCUACAACAGGUAUACAUUGCAGCACCAGUCCUAACGCCCACCGCUAUCAUUAUCACAUAUUUCACCUACACUCAAUACUGCCUUCACCACCAACCGUCAACCACCAACUGUCAGGCCCGCGUCGCGCUCUUGAAGCAGCGCUUCGCGACGAACCGAGCAGCCCACGAAAAGGAUCAAGGCGGCGGCGCCGCCGCCGCCGCCGAUGCCGGUCGUACUGGCGGUGCCGCCGGCACCGCCGCCAACGUGUGGGAGCGUGUUGCGGAGCUUGUGGAUCUGAAGGGCGGCGGCGGCGUCAAGGGCGGCAAGGUGGGCGCUAAUGUCGCUACUGCUACUGGGGCGGGCCCCAGUCGCGAUGUCACGCGGCUACGGCAGCUCAUGAUUGCGCUCAGGAACUCCCGCGGGCGCAAAUGA